UCUUAGUUUUCAACACCAUCCAAAACAAAUCUACAUUUAUCUCAAAAACACAAAAUCAAAUAUUAGAAGAAGAAUGAGUUCAACAAGGUUAGUAGCGGCGAGCAUUGGGGCAGUGGAAGCGCUGAAGGAUCAGGGAUUCUGCCGAUGGAAUUACGCAUUCAGGCUUCUUCAGCAGCAAGCCAACUCCAAUCUCAGAUCUUACAUUAACAAGCCCACCAGAGUCUCGGCCCAACACCGUGAACAAUCGAAGCAAUCGGAGGAGUCUCUUAGAACUGUUAUGUAUUUGAGCUCUUGGGCUCCCAAUUAGAAUUACUCAUACAAUUCAUCUUCCCCAAUUUUGUACAGUAUAAAUAUACCACACACAAAUAGGUGUGUUAUGUUCUUCAUAUUUCUGAAAUAUAAGUUGGAAACACCAUCUGCUUAUCUA